AUGUGGUGCAAAGGCGAUGACCUCGAGACUUUGCAAUAUAAGGUGAUGGAGGAAGUGCCUGUCGAGGGCCAGCGGGCGGUGCUGCGGUGUGGGGUGAACCAGUGGUACUUCAGAGGCGGUGACCGGGUGGUGACUCCGACGCUGCUAGUGCAUGGGUAUGGAGCCUCUUCUAUGGCGUACCACCGCUGUUUUGCGCCGCUGUCGAGGCACAUACGGGACCUGUAUGCUAUAGACCUCCCGGCCAAUGGGCUGAGCGAGGCACCGCCGCUGGUGGCAGAGGGUGAGGCGCCAAAGGCCAAGUUUAAGAUCGAGGAGAACAAGUUCACCGUGGUGCAGGGCGCCAGACGUGCUGCCGAGCCGGUGACGGAUGCCCAGGUGGAUCAGGAGCUGAUGCUGCGCACACACCGGGAGAAGAGGCGGUACUUGCAGCAGUACGAGGACUACUAUGUGGAGAGCAUCGAGCAGUGGCGAAAGGAGAACAACCUAGACAAGUUCAACCUUGUGGGCCACUCGUUUGGCGGGUACCUGUCCUACAAGUACGCCCUGAAGUACCCUGAGUCCGUGAACAAGCUCUGCCUGCUGUCACCGCUGGGUAUGGAGCGCAACAUACACUCGAUAAAUAACACGUUUGAGGAGAACGUGGUCUAUGAACUGCAGGAGUCUGAUCCUUCCUCAUACCUGUACACUAGAAAGCGCAAGGCUCCAAAGUUCCUGUUCGAGAACCAGUUUAGCGUGCUCAGGUGGAUGGGGCCAAUAGGAGACAAGCUGUGUCUGUCCUUUAUCAAUUCCAGUUACGCCAAGGUACCCAGCCAGGCAUACAAGGACUACUUGUUCGAGUCCUUCCUGGGCAAGAAGCAUUUCGCCAAGCAGAACGUCCAUGCUCUGAAGCACUUGUUCACACGCAGUCUGCUCGCAAGAGACCCCAUCAUGGACACCAUAGACAAGUUGAAAGUGCCAGAUGUAUCUGUAUUUUACGGUGACCACGACUGGAUGAACAGCUACGCUGGUUAUCUCAUGGUCGAACGCUUGAAGAAGUUUAGAGUUGCCAGCACUUCAGGUGGCUCUGCCUCCUAUUUGGAAGUACCUGACGCAGGACAUAACCUGUUCCUAGAUAACCCAGACUACUUCAGCAAGAAACUUGUCCAGUUUCUCAGCGAGUAA